CCUUUCUGAUCAAAUUUUCUAUUUUAUUUUCCAAGAAGAUGAAAUCUUUUGCUUUGUUGUUGAUAAUUUGGUGUUAUUCAAGUCUUCUUUUGAUGUGAUUUUCACUUUUAUUUUCUUAAAUUACUCACCAAAAAAUCUUGUUUAAGUUCUAAUAUUUCAUUAAGCUUUAGGUUAGUCCCUGCUUACUAUAUACAAAUUCAAGAUUUAGAAAGUAUAUAUUGAAAUGAAUCUAUCAAAAUCCCACAUAAAUUCGUAAAUUCUAUUUCAAAAGAACAUUUGAAAACGGAGCGAUUAUAUCAGUUCAAGAUGGUAAAGGUUUCUGAUCAAGUGCCUAAGAAGAUUUUCAGGUAAGUAUGAGGCUGUCAUGUUGUAUGUUACUCUUACACUUCAUUUUACUUCACGUAUCCGUAUCCGAUCCUUGAUGCUCGGAAAUUAAUAUGGCACUUAUACACUUCAUUUUAGGUAAGAACCGAAUAUUUAGAUAUAUCCGAUACUUAGACAUGUACCAGUAUCCGACAUCAGUUCGAGUAACAUAGGUCAUGUUAUAUUAGUCAUUCCUCAGUUCUUUUGUUGUAACUUUGAUCCUGUUAAGCUAUGGGAAAUUGGGGUUUCAAUCAUGUGAAAUACGUUCUAUAUUUGAUUGUUCUCUUUGCAUUAUCCCAACUUUGUACUUCUCUUAGCCAACAAAUUGGCACCAUAAAGCCUGGUUUUCAUGCCUCUCGAAUGGGUUUCGUCGAUAGCAAUGGGUUGUUUCUCUUGUCAAACAAGUCUACCUUUGCAUUUGGGUUCCAACCCUCUAAUAGUGAAGCUAACCUAUUCCUACUAGUCAUCUUGCACCAAGAAAGUUCCACGGUUGUGUGGACCGCCAAUCGAGCAUCCCCAGUUGGGAACUCGGAUCAAAUUGUGUUCGAUACUAAUGGUAGUGUGUCCCUCAAAAGAGGAGGAAUGUCGAUUUGGGAGCCUGAUACAGGCGGAAAACGGGUUUUUGCAGUUCAAUUGCUGGAUAAUGGGAACUUGGUGUUCCUUGGGAGUGAUUAUAAUGCUAAAGUUUGGGAGAGUUUUAGGUAUCCUACAAAUACCCUGUUUUCAAAUCAGGAUUUUGUACAAGGUAUGCAACUUUUAAGUGAUCCUAGUCCUAGGAGUAACUUAACAUACAUGCUCGAGAUAAAUUCCGGUGAUAUGAUUCUUUCAGCUGAAUAUAGGACACCCCAGGUGUAUUGGUCUAUGAGAAAGGAUGUUAGGAAGAUUAUCGACCGGGACGAUGGGGUGAUUCGUUCAGCGAUGAUUGAGUCGAAUUCAUGGAAGUUUUAUGAUCAAAGAAAGAAUUUUCUAUGGCAAUUUGUGUUUUCAUCCAAUCCGAUUGGUAGGAAUUCAACUUGGAUUGUAGUUUUACGGAAUGAUGGAUUUUUGGCCUUUUAUAACCUCGACAAUGGCCCAUCGAAGGUUCCUUCCUCGGUGAGAAUACCAAGUGAUCAAUGUGGAACACCCGAGCCUUGUGAGGCAUUCUUCGCGUGUUCUAGUAGUAGGUGUCGGUGCCCUUUAGGACUAGUUUCUCGGGGUUGUAAUACUAGCAUCUUGGCUCCAUGUCGAAACCCAAACGAGAGUUUUGAUCUGGUCGAUGCUGGAGAUGGGCUGAGCUACUUUGCAAUGAAGUUCGCUCAGCCAUUUGUGAAAACUAAUAUCAAUGGCUGCCAGGCUUCCUGUGCUUCUAAUUGCACAUGUCUUGGGCUGAUAUUUGAUAGAAUAUCAGGCAAUUGUUUUCUGUUUGAUUGGAUGGGAAGCUUUAUUUCUGAUCCUUCCUCUAAAUACUCUGUCUAUGUUAAAGUUUCUAAAAAUAGAAGUGUCGGAGAAAGAAAUGGUGAAAGCAAUCUUAAGCACUUGCCAAUCAUCAUUGCCAUAGUCAUCUCGACUUUACUGGUGGUUGUGGUAAUGGGAUAUCGAGGAUACAUAUAUUACUCGAAAAAGAAGAAAGUUGUACGGUCUCCUCUAGUAACGUCAGAAGAUGAUAGUUUCUUCGAGUCUUUGUCGGGUUUGCCAGUUAGAUACAGCUACAAGGCCCUUCAGGAAGCAACGAACAAUUUCUCGCUCAAGCUAGGUCAAGGAGGAUUUGGAUCGGUUUAUCAAGGCCAACUUGCAGACGGGACUUCACUCGCAGUGAAGAAACUCGAAGGGGUUGGUCAAGGAAAAAAGGAGUUUCGAGCUGAAAUUAGUAUCAUAGGCAGCGUUCAUCAUAUUCAUCUUGUUAGACUGAAGGGUUUUUGUACAGAAGGAAGCCACCGGCUUUUAGUUUAUGAGUACAUGGCAAAUGGGUCUUUGGACAAAUGGAUUUUUCGAAGAAAUGACGAUAAUGGUUGUGUUUUGGAUUGGCCCACAAGGUUUAGUAUCGCGGUUGGUACAGCAAAAGGGCUAGCAUAUCUUCAUGAGGAUUGUGAAGUGAAGAUUGUACAUUGUGACAUAAAGCCCGAAAAUGUGCUUCUAGAUGAACACUUUGUGGCUAAAGUAUCGGAUUUUGGGUUAGCCAAGUUGAUGACACGCGAGCAAAGCCAUGUUUUUACCACACUUAGAGGAACUCGUGGGUAUCUGGCACCCGAAUGGAUAACCAACUAUGCGAUCUCAGAAAAGAGCGAUGUUUACAGCUACGGAAUGGUGUUGCUUGAGAUCAUCGGAGGAAGGAAAAACUACGACCCUUCACUUCCUUUUGAUAAGUCCUAUUUCCCGGCCUAUACUUUCAAGAUGAUGAACGAAGGGAAGAUUGAGGAAAUCCUUGACUCAAGUCUAAAUUGCGAUCCUGAUAACACGAGUGUGAGAAUAGCAAUCAAGGUUGCAUUGUGGUGCAUACAAGAAGAUAUGUCGAUGAGACCGCCUAUGACGACAGUCGUGCAAAUGCUUGAAGGGAUCUGCCCUGUGCCUAAGCCUCCAAUGUCUUCCUCGACGAUUGCAGGGUUCUCUCGAAACACUAUGACUGGCUGUUCGUCUAGACUUUCUGAUGUUCAGCUUUCGGGACCAAGAUAGCAAAUGAUGCUCGUACAACGAUUCGUUGUAAGAUCAUGUAUGUGGUUUCAUCUUCUUGUAGUUAGUUACUUACCUAUAUCUCAAUAGUCUAACAGCAUGUCAGAAAUGAAAAUUUUCUGACUUUAUUUUGUUAUUUAUGAUGACUAUUAUUUUUUUUUAAUUAAAAUUUGUAUCAUUGUUAUCGUUAUAUUUAAAACAUACUCAAUAUCUGAUAUUUA